AAGUUACGAGAUUCAUUUUGUAGUCUGAAAAAUUGUGAAAUUGUGUAAUAUUAUAAAAAGAGACUAUGUUACAUUCUUCAGGAAAGAGAAUUUCUUCCAUUACGUUAGAAAGGACUUUUCUAAGAUAUUUUACUGUGCAAAAGAUAAUUGAUAGAGACCAGAAAUAUGGAGGUCAACAUUUCAAACCUUUGCCAGUCGUUUUAAAGAAAGGAGAGGGAUGUUUUCUAUGGGAUAUUCAAGGAAAAAGAUACAUCGAUUUCAUUUCGGGAUUUGCUACAGUCAAUCAAGGACAUUGUCAUCCUCGAUUAGUAAAUGUUAUGCGUGAGCAGACAGGAAAGCUCACUCAUACAUCAAGAGCUUUCUUUACAGAGCCACAUGGAGAGUUGGCUGAAUAUUUGACAAAACUUCUUGGUUGGGACAGAUUCUUGACAAUGAAUACAGGAGUAGAAGCUGGAGACACAGCUUUAAAAAUGGCUCGAAGAUGGGGAUAUAGAAUAAAAAAGAUUCCAGAAAAUAAGGCAACAGUUAUUUUUCCUAAUAAUAAUUACUGGGGACGUUCAUUAGCAGCUAUAUCAGCUUCUACAAAUGCAGCUUUUUAUGAAGAUUUCGGGCCACUUAUGCCGCUGUUUGAUAAAGUACCUUUCGAUGAUUUAAAUGCUUUAGAACGCAAAUUUAAUAGCAACCCCAAUAUUUGUGCAUUUAUGAUGGAACCUAUACAAGGAGAAGCUGGAGUCCUCGUGCCAAAAAUUAUGCUUUUAUUGGAGGUUGGUACACACGGAAGUACCUUUGGUGGGAGUCCUCUAGGCCAAAAAAUAGCUCUGGAAGCAGUGCGGAUCCUGGAAGAAGAAAAAUUGGCAGAUAAUGCAAGUAAAAUGGGUGCUAUUCUACGAGAGGAACUUCAAAAAUUAUCCACUGAAAAAGUCGUAGAAUUCAGAGGUCGUGGGUUGUUGGCUGGACUAGUACUUAAUAAAGCGCGCAAGAGGAAAUUGAUCAACGUAUGGUGAGAAAUGAGUCUUUCAAGGUGACAAGGUGACACAUGAUUUAUUGUUUUUCCAAAAAGCUUCGAAUACGCUGACCCUCACUUGAAACUGUGACGUCAGACAUCAUAUCCUGUUCUAUAUUUUCGAGUGAAAAAAUUCCAUUCCCUGAUUUGAGUUUUGAUUUUCAAUAUCGAUAGUGAGAAUCAGAUACAACACUGUGAUUCGUACAUCAAAACAAGAAGCAAAAAAAAACUUCCAGCCUUCUGUGCUCUAGCCGCAAGUUUGCUAAUCGUAUGGAAAAAACUUGGUCUAAAACACCUCCUACACCUCUACUAUCAAUAACUAUAAAAUAAGUUUUCAUAUUAUAAAUAUAUAAUGUGAACUUCAAUAUUACUAUUAUUCAUUUCUUAGACAUUUCGGAAAGAUAUACUUAUAUUCAAUGAUAAUUUUAUAAAUAAUGUUGAUAAAAUAUCAUUCAUAUAAAAAAAAAGUCCUCCACACCAUUCUAGAAUUGUUACGAAACACAUAAGGUAGCAGAAUUCAUAUAGAUCAUGCGCAUAACCAACUUGAAGUACAAAUAAUACACGUUUGCCAUGCAACAGUUAUGUCACAUUGCUACAUAAGCGUUACACAUGUUACAUGGCUCUUACCGAACGGUGAUAUCACAUCAUUGAAUGGAUGUUACUAAUGUGCUUUGUGCACACCUUACAGAAUUACACAGUGAGGCCAUUACAGUACACUUAUGUAACCCUCUUAUAAAAUUGUCAUAUAACAUGCUUGUCAUCAAGUUACUAAGCAAAUGUUACACGAUUGAUAGAUGAGUGUUACGUGACAUUCUUAUGUAGCUGUUACUUCUGUGCAUUAUGCACAGCUGACGGAAACACGCAGUAAUAGUAAUAAAUGGAUUAGACUUUUACAAAAUAGUUAAGUUACAUUGUUCCAUAUC